GCAACUGAUUAGAGCUCAUUUUGGGCUGACUUAUCGAACCACUGGUGGUGCCGUAAUUCACCACCUUCUCUCAUCUCCCUCUCCUUUUCCCAUUCGUCUUCUUCUUUUCGACUUCGUGCUCGAGGCCUUGUCGAUAAAUAGGACGCGGAACCGGCAUCGUCUUUUCGUCUGCCUAUCCUCUGUUUCCCUCCCCUUCUUCCUAUUCUCGCUCCAGAGCGGCCCUUUUGAUUCUUCUCUCUUUUUUCCUUUUCUUUUGGGGUGCCUGACGAACGCGGAUCACACAACCAAUCGCUUCCCCCUCGCCGUUCAGCGCACAGCCUUUCCCGUCACCAAAGAUGGGCGUCCUCCAAGAUGCCGCCAACCAUCGGGUGGCCCAGCUCUACUUCCAGCAAGGCAUUGGCGCGCAAAUCGCCAUUGGCGCUGCCGGCUUCAUUGCCCUCGCCGUCCUCAUCAAUGUCCUGCAGCAGCUGCUCUUCAAGAACCCCAACGAGCCGCCGAUGGUCUUUCACUGGUUUCCCUUUAUCGGCAGCACGGUGAUUUACGGCAUGGAUCCCCCCAAGUUCUUUCGCGACAACCGUGCAAAGUAUGGCGACGUGUUCACCUUUGUCCUGCUCGGCAAGAAGACGACUGUGGCCGUGGGCCCCGCUGGAAACGACUUUAUCCUCAACGGAAAGCUCAAGGACGUCAAUGCCGAGGAGAUUUACAGUGUCCUGACUACGCCCGUCUUUGGACGAGAUGUCGUCUACGACUGCCCCAAUGCCAAGCUGAUGGAGCAGAAGAAGUUCAUGAAAAUCGCCCUGACGACCGAAGCGUUCAAGACCUAUGUCCCCAUCAUCUCCCACGAGGUGACAUCAUACUUUAAGCGCGAUCCCGACUUCAAGGGCAAGUCUGGCAUCGUCGACAUCCCCAAGAAGAUGGCCGAAAUCACAAUCUUCACCGCCUCCCACGCGCUCCAGGGCAGCCUCAUCCGCAGCAAGUUCGACGAGACGCUGGCCGAUCUGUACCACGACCUCGACAUGGGCUUCACCUCCAUCAACUUUGUGCUCCACUGGGCGCCUCUCCCCUGGAACCGCAAGCGUGACCACGCUCAGCGCACCGUGGCCAAGAUCUACAUGGACACCAUCAAGGAGCGACGGGCCCUCGGCGACCAGGACAAGGAGCUCGACAUCCUGAAGCACCUCAUGACGUCCGUGUACAAGGACGGCACCCCCGUUCCCGACCACGAAAUCGCGCACAUGAUGAUUGCCCUGCUCAUGGCCGGCCAGCACUCUUCGUCCUCGACCAGCUCCUGGAUCAUGCUCCGUCUCGCCCAGUACCCGCACGUCGUCGAGGAUCUCUACCAGGAACAGAUCCGGGUCCUGGGCGCCGAUCUGCCUCCCCUCCAGUACGAACACCUCGCCAAGCUGCCCCUCUGCCAGGCCAUCGUCAAGGAGACGCUGCGUCUCAACGCCCCCAUCCACUCCAUCAUGCGCAAGGUCAAGCAGCCGAUGCCCGUCCCCGGAACCAAAUACGUCAUCCCCACGUCCCACGUCCUCCUCGCCGCGCCCGGCGUCAGCGGCUCCGACCCCAACUACUUCCCCAACCCCGAGAUGUGGGACCCCUACCGCUGGCUGCCCGGCUCUCCCAACGCCCCGCUGAUGGUCCGAAACGACGAGGAGGAGGAAAAGGUCGACUACGGCUACGGCAUCGUCAGCAAGGGCGCCGCCUCGCCGUAUCUCCCCUUUGGCGCGGGCCGCCACCGAUGCAUCGGCGAGCACUUUGCCAACCUGCAGCUGCAGACAAUUGUCUGCGAGGUGGUGCGACUGUUCAAGCUGAGCAAUGUGGACGGCAGCAACAACAUUGUCGGCACCGACUACGCCUCUCUGUUCUCUCGACCGCUGGAGCCCGCCAAGAUCCGGUGGGAGCGGAGGCAGUAAGGGGGGGAAGGGGGGCCGUCAAAAGGCCGCACUUUGGUGAGCAGAAUGAAGCAGUGGGAAAAUCUAGAGAGGAGAGUCAAGGAAACAACGAUUUGCGAAUCGAGUUGGGCUUGGAUGCGUGCGUACUGUACAUGAUAUCUUUACGUCGGAGUUUUUGUUGCUUUUUUUGGGACGCAUGGGAGGAUACGAUAAAGCAACCGUGAUGGUCAUGGCCGCAUCAUGGUUGCCAAACAGGUACCUAUUACUAUUACU